UUAUUGUGUGUGAGCGUGCAAGUUCAAGGCAAAACUCGAGUUGUUCAGAAACACGUUUUACUUUCCCCUAAAUCGGCGUGCUUGUAGUUUUGAAUUUAAAAUCGGAUGGUUAUUUAGCCGUUCCAUCUGUUAUGUAUUUAAAGCCUGGGAGCUUAUAUUGGCAGCAGAAUGCUGAGUGUGGACUCGUUGCCAGUCGCGGAGGAGGAGGUGGUGGAGUCCAGCUCGAACAGACUCGGGGAUAUCUACACGUUUGUUGCCGAAGGCUGUUAUCCUCAAACCAUGAAUCCUAUUCGCAAGAAAAACCUUAAAAGAUAUGCUCAGAAAUUUAUGAUUGAGGAUGGCCGGUUGUAUUAUGUGGGCCCGAAGAAAGAAGAAAAGCGAGAGGUAGUGAUUGAGGCAGAGCGGAAGAGACGGAUAUUCCUGGAGUGUCACCUCAAUGACAUCGGGCAUCACCUGGGACAGAAGAAGACCGUCCAUAGGAUUCAGAGUAAAUACUACUGGCUUGGCAUUGUCAAGGAUGUUGUGGAUUGGAUUAAAGUGUGCGAAACGUGUCAACACACAGAGCAGAAUAAAAACCUGGCUAGAACGGUACGACCCAUCAAAGUGGAUGGUCCUUGGGACAUUUUGGCAGUUGAAAUAAUUGGUCCAUUCCCAGGCACUGUACAUGGAGGGAACACACACAUUGUUAUUAUUACAGAUUACUACACUAAAUGGGUAGAGGCCUUUCCUGUACAAAAGAAAGAUGGUCUCUGUGUUGCACGGUGCAUUUCAUCAUCUGUUUGCAGAUUUGGCCCUGCAAAGACCAUAUUUUGCUCUCAAAGUGCUGACUUCUGUGAGGAGGUUACAAAGCACCUGUGUGACCGGUGGAACAUAGUGCAUAGAGUGUUGUCCGUAGACCAGCCGCAGCGGAACGCACUGUAUGAUCGCAGCAGUAAUCUGCUCAGAGAUGCCAUAAAACAGAUGGUGGUGGAGAAACAGGUGGAAUGGGAUGAUUUUCUCGAUUCAGUUUUGGCCACCUUCAGGACAUCAGUCAACCCUACAACAAAAUUUACACCACACUUUUUAAUGUUUAACCGAAAAGCCUGCAUGUCUAGUGAGUUUGAUCCCCUUAGUUGCUAUCAAGACCAGGAGGAUGAGACUGUUAAUGAAGAAGACACAAACGCUUUCCUUUCCUCCAUGCACGAGCAACAGAAUAACAUCAGACAGAUGGUAGUUACAAAUAUGAAUGUCACAUACAGACAAGAAAAGAAAAAUGCAAAACGCAAGGCUAGAAAUAUGCCUUCAAUCACCCUCACUGUGACGGACCCAUUGUUCACAGCGGAAACACCCACAGCAAAAAAGCUUAAGGAAAGCCUCUACCUGUCUUUCCCAGUGGAGACAGUCUUAACCACAGUCCAGAAUGUACCUGAAGCCAAGAAGAACGGCCUAGAAUAUCCUCUAACAGACUCUGAUGUGCACUGAAAAUCUUUUUUUUUAUUUGACUAAUCAUAAAGCACAAUCCUCAAAGUGUAUUAGCAUAGACUACAGCUUGAAGACUUGAUAUCUGCAGUAAGUGGUCCACAGAGAGCAGGUCAAGCGGAUGAACUCAUGUUCACUUUCUGUUUCAGCAUGCAAUGUAGCAAGAUUAAAAGAUUGUAUUUUACCUCAA